UAAUGAAUUAUUAAAGCUAUAAUAAUAGUGCUGGAUAUAUUUCAUCUCCAGAGUUUCCUUGGUCUUAGAAAAAAGAAGGUUUUGAAGAUGAAUUUGAACCACAAGAUAAAUAAAUAUUACGAGAUACUUAUUCUAAAUUUUAAAGUAAAUUCUCUAUUGAAGAUCAACCUAUCAUACAGAUUCAAGAGUAAUUAAAUUCCAGUCCUUCUCUAAACUAGAUUCAAGAUGAAAAAUAACAAUAAAUGAUGUAAAUCGAAAUUCUAAGUCCCUCUAAAUUACUAAGAACAGAUAAUUAACUCAAAAGUGCAUUAUCAAUUGAUAUUUAGCCUGAAUAAAUUUCAAUAUAAGAGGAGUCUAUUGUGAAUUCUAGAACUAGAAGGAAGGCAAGUAAAGCUAACUAUAAUGUACAUAUUUCAGUUUAAUUUAAUAAAAGGUUGAUGACUCUCCUACUUUAGACUCAGAUAUUAAGCCUUGUCAUUGUGCUAAAACAAAUUGUUUAUAAUUAUACUGUUCUUGUUUUCAUAAUAGAAGAUAAUGCACUUAAGAAUGUAAAUGUUCUGAUUGUUAUAAUGAUGGAUAACAUACAGAUGAAGUUCUUAAGGCAGUUGAAUAGAUUAAAAUUAAAGAAUAAAGGGCUUCACAUCAUGAUCUUGAUUCUUUUGACACACGAUAGGUAUGGGGAUGUAAAUGCAAAAAAACUAAAUGUAUAAAAGGAUAUUGUGAAUGUUUUAUAAGAAACAAAAAAUGUAGUUCACAUUGCCAAUGUUCAGAUUGUCAAAAUAAAAAAUAAAAAACAUAAUUAAAUAAGAAAAUUAAAAAAAUAUGA